AUCGAUGUCUUCUUCUCAAUCCGCCCUCCCACAAUACACAAUCGCCGACUACUCCAAGUUCGCCCUUGCCGGUGCCAUUGGAUGUGGUACCACCCACGGUGCCAUGACCCCAAUUGAUGUCGUCAAGACCAGAAUUCAAUUGGAGCCAACUGUGUACAACAAGGGUACCGUUGGUUCUUUCAGACAAGUGAUUGCCAACGAGGGUGCUGGCGCUCUUUUGACCGGUUUGGGACCAACCGUUCUCGGUUACUCCCUCCAAGGUGCUUUCAAGUUUGGUGGUUACGAGUUGUUCAAGAAGACCUUCAUCGACUACUUGGGUAUUGAGACCGCUACCAAGUACAAGGAUGCCGUCUACAUUGGUUCUGCCGCCAUUGCUGAGUUCUUUGCUGACAUUGCUCUUUGUCCAUUGGAGGCUACCAGAAUCAGAUUGGUUUCCCAACCAGAGUUCGCCAACGGUUUGAUUGGUGGUUUCUCAAGAAUCUUCAGAGAGGAAGGUGUCGGUUCUUUCUACGCUGGUUUCACCCCAAUCUUGUUCAAGCAAAUUCCAUACAACAUUGCUAAGUUCCUUGUCUAUGAGAGAGCUUCUUCAUUGUACUACGGUUUCUUCUCUACUCCAAAGAAGGACUUGUCCCAAGGUACCCACACCGUUGUUAACUUGGCCUCUGGUUUGACUGCUGGUUUCGCUGCUGCCAUUGUUUCCCAACCAGCUGACACUUUGUUGUCUAAGGUUAACAAGACCAAGAAGGCUCCAGGUCAAUCCACCAUGGGUUUGUUGUUCUCCUUGGCCAAGCAAUUGGGUGUUGUUGGUUCAUUUGCUGGUUUGCCAACUCGUUUGGUUAUGGUUGGUACCUUGACUUCCUUGCAAUUUACCAUCUACGGUUCCUUGAAGCCAGCUUUGAACUGUCCUCCAUCUAUCGAGAUUGGUGGUGGUGGUCACUAAGCGUAUUUCUGAUCUUUAUCUUUUACGUUGAUCUUAGAGAAGAAGAGAAAGAACAGCAAGAGA